AUGUUGGCCUGCCUGCAGAGGACCCAGAACCCACCGAGGCAGCCCCUGGGUUGUCCGAAUAAGGCCCUGGAGCCACGCAAGGGUGAAGCCAUGGCUCCCAUCCGUUCCCCGCGAUACCCCAGCCCGGCUGAGCUCGACGCUUAUGCCCAGAAGGUGGCAAACAACCCUCUCACCAUCAAGAUCUUCCCCACCAACAUCAGGGUCCCCCAGCACAAGCACCUUAACCGGACGGUGAACGGAUACGACACGAUGGGCCAGCGCUACAGCCCCUACCCUCUGCACGCCAGCAGCUACCAGGGCCUCCUGGCCGUCGUGAGGGCAUCUGCCAGCAAAGGGGCCGUGAAGAGUGCCGAGGGCAAGCGGACUAAGAUGUCCCCUGCCCAUGUGGCCGUGGCCCCCUACUCCCUGGCGAGCACUUUAGCGCCUGGGCCAUCCUGCGCAGCCCAGCUCGGCUAUCCUGGUGGCCAGAAGCAGAUGGAGGCGCCCGUCCCUCCCAACGUCACGGUGGCCGGCCGGAGCUUGGUGCUGCCCCAGGCCAACCUGCCCUCCAUCCAGAACAUCAUUUUCCAGAUCAAUCAGCAGUGCCAGGCCCAGGCUGGGCAGCAGCUGUGCCAGGGGGAGGCGGUGACCAACCCCAGCACGGCCAAGCACGGCACCGCGGGCAGCUUCACCACGAUGGCUGCGGUGGGGGCAGCAGUGGCCUACACGGGUGCUGUGUUGCCGGAUUGUCGGAAGGGCGCCGAACUGGUGACCGGCUCCAACCCGGGCAGUGGCCUGGCGGGACCCAAGCCGGGCCUUUACCCAGACAGCAUGGAUUACCUGCUGUGGCAGCAGAAGCAGCAGCCGCUGCGGAUGUAUAGUGCGGACAGCAAGUCGCCCGAGGUGUGUGCUGGGGUCUUGCGCGCCUACCCGGUGAACGGGGCGGCCGCCGCCGCGGACAAAGUAAGCUCUUCGCCCUUGAACUGCGUGGGCGUGCAUGGGAAUUUCUCGGUGGGGCAGUACUUCGCCCCUGCCUGGAACAGCGUCUUGGUGACGCCCAACAGCAGCGACUGCUACCACCCCCAGGAGCUGCCCACCGGGCCCCGGGACCUGCCUCCCUCGGAGGGUCUGCCGAGCAAGGCCGCCUGCAACACCUCCAUCCUCAGCAGCAGCCUGCAGUCCCUGGAGUACCUGAUCAACGACAUCCACCCGCCCUGCAUCAAGGAGCAGAUGCUGGGCAGGGGCUAUGAGACGGUCUCCGUGCCCCGCCUCCUGGACCACCAGCACGCCCACAUCCGCCUGCCCGUCUACAGAUAA